AUGAUUAUGAAAAACUACCGAAACGACCGUGAAAUUACUAUAUUUGGACCUAAUGGAGAACCAUUCACGGUUCCCGAGCCUUACAAAACAUGCAAAAGGCCAAUUGGAGGACUUUCAUUUAAAGAUGAAAUUCCGGAAUUGGCUCAAGAAGAUACUAGCAUGGAAGGUGACAUGGCUGGACCAAGAUUAAUCAUACCAUCAACUAGUGGAAGAGAUAGCAGAGAUAGAACAGCUGGUGUAGUUUUAGGUUGGUAUGAUAACUGUGUCUUGGUAACACGUUCUGACAAUAUUGUAGUAAUCAAAAAAAUAUCUGACGGAUUGUAUAAGAAAGUACUUGAAACAACUAAAUAUUUAAAUCUUGAUGAACUUCCUGAGGCACAUAAAGUUACUCCUGAUGAAUAUGAGGUUACUCCUGGUGAAUAUGAAAACUAUAAAAUAGAACUUGCUAAUUACAUAGACUACAUACGAGAGAAGUAUUCUAUAGUUCAUAAUCCAAAACGAAGUGCUUUUAAAGAACAUGAACCAAUUGGUAGAGCUGUUAAUGGACUACAAACAUUUUGGUCUUUAAAAGGAAUAUAUCAAUUGAAUAUGAACUGUGAAAAAACCAUUAAAAGAUUUAGAAUUGAAUACAAGAAAUAUUUGGAAGCUUCACGUAAAUGGAAAUUAGAAUUGGCACAUAAAGAAUAUUUUGAAGAAUCUCAAAGAAAUAAACAAAAAUUCAAAGAAAUGAGACACAUUCUUGAUGAUUUUAAGACAAGCAAAUCAAUGGAUAAGUCCAAAUUGGAUAAAAAUAGGCAACUCUUUGAGCAAUUUGAUUGGUCCAAACGUAAUGUGGAUUUUAAGGCACUACCAAUAUUAUUACAUGACAAAAAACACAAAGAAAAAGAAGAUCAAAAUUUUUUUUGA